UUCAGUUCUGUGUCUCUCUCUGUACGUGUGUUUUUGUGCUGCCUCUCUGCGCCGAAGAUAAAGUGUCUCUCUCUUGUCUCUCGUGUCCAGUAUAUCUCAUUCACGACGCAUGGGGGGUAGUAGUCAGUGCUGCGUUCGACGAUGCCGAUGUCGUUGAUGCCCAAGACAACACACGACACGACACGACAUUCUUGGGAUCGCGCGUUGACCCGAAAAAGCAAGCAGUGACGAAUACAUAAUACAUGUGUCGCGAGAGCAGUAGUUUGUGAGUUGUUCAGCGCGUGUGUUCACGCGUGGUGGUGAUGGUGGUUGUGGUCCUGUGACUCGGAUGAAAUCGAAGAUGGAUGAAGAGUAUCGCGACGAUGAAAGAAGAACGAUGAUAAUAUGAAGACGAGAAGGAGCAAGAGAAGAAGAUUUCCAGUCGUCGUUACAUCGAACUCCGCAAGGUCGUCGACAAAGGAGAAGAAGAAGCAGAAGAAGAAGAAGAGGAAGAAAUAGGAAAGCAGCGGAGCAGGGGCCCCGAAAUGAAGUCGACGAGGCAGCCGUCGGUCCUCCGAGGCGCGCGAAAGCGUCGCAGCCGAGUCCGGAAAGCUUAAAUUAUUAAGCCUGUACACUUGGUGCGCGACAAUAGAGUACACACGAAGGAAGCCGAGAGAGAGAGAGAGAGUCAUGAGUUACGAUUUGGAGCGAUUGGCCAUGUCGACGUCGACGGACCCGUACAACUACAGCCUCGAGUCGUCCUCGGCCAGCUACAAUCAGAGCGUCGAGGUGCCCCUCGGCUAUCAGUAUCCCCUCUGGAAGGUCAUCCUGAUCACGGCGGUGGCGAGCUGCCUCAGCCUCGUCACCGUCAUCGGCAACAUCAUGGUGAUGGUCAGCUUCAAGAUCGACAAGCAGCUCCAGACCAUAUCCAAUUACUUUCUGUUCAGUCUCGCCGUGGCGGAUUUCGCCAUCGGCCUCAUAUCCAUGCCCCUGUUCACGGUCUACACGGUGCUGGGUUAUUGGCCGCUGGGCUCGCACAUCUGCGACACCUGGCUGGCCCUCGACUAUCUCGCCAGCAACGCCUCGGUCCUCAAUCUGCUCAUCAUCAGCUUCGAUCGUUACUUCUCCGUCACGAGGCCGCUCACCUACAGGGCCAAGAGAACCACUGCCAAGGCUGCCUUUAUGAUAGGAUGCGCCUGGGGCAUAUCGCUGCUGCUGUGGCCGCCCUGGAUCUACGCCUGGCCGUACAUCGAGGGCGAGCGCACAGUGCCCGAGAACGCCUGCUACAUACAGUUCAUCGAGACGAAUCACUACAUCACCUUCGGCACGGCCAUAGCCGCCUUCUACGUGCCCGUCAGCGUCAUGGCCUUCCUCUACUGGCGCAUCUGGCAGGAGACGGAGAAGCGCCAGAAGGACCUGCCCAAUCUCCAGGCGGGCAAGCAGGACGCGAGCAAACGAAGCAACUCCAGCGACGAAGCACUGGACAUGGAGGAGUGCAGAAGGCCGAGAAGCGAGUCGAGCACCGGCGCCGGCGACGAGCUGAAUUCCACGCAUAUUGCGGUUUCCUACCUCGACCGGCAUUAUCCCCAGCACAGGAAGCAUCGGCCGCUGUCGUGGACCUGGCUGAAGCUGUGGUGCAUCGACUGGUGGCGCAGCGGCCGCGACGAGGACGACGAGGACGACGACGACGACGAGGCCUGCGGCGCCGAGUCGUCGCGCACCGCCCCGGGCUACGAGGAGGCCACCCUCACGCCCGUCUCGCUGGAGACGCCCGUGCCAUCGGUGACGUCGCGCUGGGACUCGUUCGGCGUCACCCAGUCGACCAGUCUCAAUCUCGACAUCAGGGACGCCGUGUCUCAGGGUGGGGGUGGUGGCGCCGGCAGCGGCGAGUACAUGAGGCCGCCGCCCGGCUCGAGGACGCCCGGCACCCUCAGCGCCGCCACCAUCAGCACCCAGAGGAGCGUCAGCAACGAUCCCCAAGUCUACACGAUCCUGAUCAAGCUGCCGGGGCCGCCGAGCGGCAGGGGCGGCCGCUUCACCGGCGCCGUCGAGGCGCCCAGCAUCAAGAUGUACGCCGACGACGUCCUGUCCAUCCAGUCGAUCAGGCCGGGCAUGGAGCUGAGCAGCGUACCCGGGGCCACCAAUCAGGACGUCAUCGUCCAGCACGCCGAGCCCCACUACCCGACCCACCAGCAUUUGCAACAGCAUCAUCACCAGCAGCAGCAGCAUCACCAGGGCAGCCUCGAGGAGGACACUUGCAGCAUAGCGAGCAAGCAGACCCUCGCGCGUCGGCCCUCGCAGAUGACCCAGGACUCGCGGAUACCUCUCAACGCCAAAAACAUUGGCAAGACGGGUGCUGCUCAGGGCAAGCAAGCAGGAGGACCCGGAGGUGGUGGCAAAGCCGCCGUAGUCGCGCCCGUCAAGAAGAAGAAAAAGUCGCAGGAGAAGAAGGCCGACAAGAAGGCGGCCAAGACACUGUCGGCCAUCCUCGCGGCCUUCAUACUCACCUGGACGCCGUACAACAUACUCGUACUGCUCAAGCCGCUUACGGCCUGCACGGGCUGCAUACCCCAGGAGCUCUGGGAAUUUUUCUACUAUCUCUGCUACAUCAACAGCACCGUGAAUCCGGUCUGCUACGCUCUGUGCAACGCCACGUUCAGGCGCACCUACGUGCGCAUACUCAAGUGCAAGUGGCACAGCCGCAACAGGACCGGCGUGAAUCGCGGAUACUGAUGAUCAGUAGUGCUGGUGGUGCGGGACUCGUACUCGAUUAUUAUUGGCUCGAGCGUGGCAGCCUAAGAAGGUGCAGUGCAUUAUAUAUAGGACGUAUAUGUACGUGUAUGUGUGUGUGCG